AUGGAACGUGGAGCUCCUCUCUCUCACUAUCAGCUACCCAAAUCUAACUCUGGACUGAACUUGGACCAGCACAACAACUCAAUCCCGACAAUGACCGGCUCCAUCGGUGCAUGCGACGACAAGAACAAGACUAUCUUGCCGCAGCAACAACCAAGCAUGCCUCGUGAGCAAGACCAAUACAUGCCAAUCGCAAACGUGAUAAGGAUCAUGCGUAAAAUCUUACCGCCACACGCCAAAAUCUCUGACGACGCAAAAGAAACGAUUCAAGAAUGCGUCUCCGAGUACAUCAGCUUCGUGACCGGUGAAGCUAACGAGCGUUGCCAACGUGAGCAACGUAAGACAAUAACUGCUGAAGAUAUCCUUUGGGCAAUGAGCAAACUUGGGUUCGAUGAUUACGUUGGACCACUCAACGUGUUCAUUAACCGGUACCGUGAGUUCGAGACCGAUCGUGGGUGUUCACUUAGAGGUGAGUCAUCAUUUAAACCGGUCUAUGGAGGAAGUGGUAUGGGGUUUCACGGCCCACCUCCACCGGGUUCUUAUGGUUAUGGUAUGUUGGAUCAGUCUAUGGUCAUGGGUGGUGGUCGGUACUACCAUAACGGAUCGGGUCCGGAAGGAUCAGUAGGUGGUGGCGGUGGAUCUUCCUCUUCUAUGAAUGGAAUGCCGGUUUAUGACCAGUAUGGUCAGUAUAAGUGA